CCCCACUAUUAUUCGGGGGGGAGAGAGAGAGAUGACCUUAUCUUUGUUGGCUGGACGUUUUCACAUAGGGCAAAAGCAGAGCAAACCAAGUACGAAUACCUCAACCGCAAAUCCUCUGAAAAUUUUCCCAUUUCCCCAUCAUAUCAUAUCUACUGCCAUACCUAUCAGAGACAGAGAGACAUUUAUGUACUUAUUGCAGACCAUUGCAGAUGAAAGAGAGUUUUAGAGAGAGAAACAUAUUCUAGAGCCAGAGCCAGAGCCAGCAGCAGCAGCAGCAGCAGCAGCUCAAGCUCCUGUUGAUUAGAAAGUCAAUGGCGGCGACCUGAUGAUUCAAUGCAAAUUAAUGAUCGUUUUCUGAAUUUGGAUUUCAACUGCGGAAUUAAUUCUGAAAUUCAUGCUGCGAUGAAUAACUGCGUUCCAGAUUUCGAAAUGGACGAAGAUUACUCAAUUCCAACUUCUUCAGGUUUAACUCGCCCAAAGAAAUCACUAAUGGCUGAGGAAGAGAUCAUGGAGCUACUUUGGCAAAACGGUCAAGUUGUUAUGCAGAGCCAAAACCAGAGAUCCAUCAAGAGGUCCGACAUCGGAGACGCCGUUACACCAGCGGAGCAGUCGGCGGCCAGAGACAUCAGACCAGAGGAAGAAUCGACUACUCAGCUCUUCAUGCAAGAAGAUGAGAUGGCCUCUUGGUUAAACUACCCUAACGAUGACUCUUCCUUCUACCGUGACUUCUACGCUGAUCUAGUCUAUCCUGCGCCGACCUCUCCCGUCGAUCCUCUCGCCCAUACUACACCAAUUCCUGAACUCAAGAUUCCACCGCCAUCCGAGGCGGCGGCCAUUUCUCGGCCGCCAAUAGCUCCGCCGAAGCGUGCGGAGUUGGAACACUCGGCGAGGUUUCAGAAUUUCGUUCAUUUCUGGAGGACUAAGGGGACAGAGCCAGGACCGUCGAUUUCGAACAAGGCGGUGAGGGAAUCGACGGUCGUGGACUCGAGCGAGACUCCGGCAGCUGCGGCGCAAGAAUCCAGGGCUUCUCACUUUGCCGGAUGUGCCAAGCCGGCGCAAAUCUCAGGCGUAAACGUAGGGUGCGGCAGCAUGAGAGGUGGUGGUGCUACAGCCGCAGGGACGACGUCGUCCGGUGGCAGAGAGAUUCGGACUUGUGAUCUGACGUUGACGUCAUCGCCAGGUGGCUCGGGAGCCAGCAUGAGUGCGAGUGCCGAGCCGGUGAGCAAGCCGCCGCCGCCGACGACGACGAUGACGACGGAGGAUCGGAAGCGAAAGGGCAGAGAAGUCGACGACACUGAGUGUCAGAGUGAGGAUGUGUAUCCUGAUGCAAAGAAACAAGUUCGUGGAUCAACAUCUACGAAGAGAUCUCGUGCUGCAGAGGUCCACAAUCUGUCAGAAAGAAGGCGUCGAGAUAGGAUAAAUGAGAAAAUGAAGGCAUUGCAGGAGCUUAUACCUCGUUGCAACAAGUCAGACAAAGCAUCUAUGUUGGAUGAGGCUAUUGAGUACUUGAAAUCACUCCAAUUGCAAGUGCAGAUGAUGUCCAUGGGAUGCAGCAUGGUUCCCCUGAUGUUUCCUGGUGUUCAGCAGUACAUGCCUCCAAUGGGAAUGGGGAUGGGGAUGGGGAUGGGAAUGGGCAUGGGAAUGGAGAUGGGCAUGAGUCGACCAAUGAUGCCAUUCCCCUCUGUUCUGGCUGGUUCAGCCUUGCCAACACGAGCUGCAGCAUCUCAUUUGGCCCCAAGAUUCCCCGUGCCAGCGUUUCAUAUGCCGCCUCUUCCUGUACAUGAUCCAUCCAGAAUCCAAGUACCUAGUCAGACACAGCCCAUGCUAAACCAUGAUCCCAACCAACCGCGAAUGCCAAGCUUUCCUGAUCCUUAUCAGCAGUAUCUUGGUUUCCACCACACACAAGUACCAAUGCCACAGAAUCAACAAAUGAUGCAGCCAAGUAGCAGCAAGCCAAGUAGCAGCAGAGAAGUGGAGAAUCAUGAGAAUCUCCACUCUGGUUGAUAUAUAUAUAUAUAUAUACACAGACAGGAUGGAUUAAGAAAAGCACUUCGGCUGCCGAGUUUUUGUAGUGUAAGAGAAAAACACCAGCACUAGUACAGUCAAAAUACCGGAUGGCUAAUAUAAUAUAACACAGCUAACAUGUAAUUAUUUCCAUUACCUUUUGUUCCCUAGUUGUAUUAUAAUUUUUUGAUCUGAGGUUGAAUUUGCUUCAGCUUGAUCAUGUCACUCUUAAUUUUUGCAAUAUUUUACUUUUUGUUUUGUUUUGUUUUUUUUUUUUAAAACAAAAAGAAAAAGAAAAAGAAAAAUCAUAUCUUCUUAUUUUAUAGAAUUUUUCUAGAUGCACUACACUUGAAAAACUAUCUGAUCAAAAGAAUUUUUAUUAUUUUAAAAUUUUGAUUCCUUAAAUAUUUUGGAAAGUGAACAUAUAAUCCUAUCAUAAGAUAUCUUACUGUUAAAAUUUGUUAAAUAGUAUUGGAACAUUUAGUUUUCAUUAUUUUAUUUUUAUUUUACAAAACUAUUAAGAUACAUGAUGGAAAGAAAUGAUGAUUUAUACAAAUGGGUAAAUGUUGAGUGCAACAAAGCCAUAACCCAAAAUAUGAUUGAAGGUGAGCAUGGUGAUCGCCAAGGGGCCUUAAGGAGCAGCCAGCUGUUGUUGUAUUUAUGUGUGACACUCUGAUUUUGGUAUAUUAUUAUUUAAUUGUUGCAGGAGGCCCACCUCUACUGCUAGCCCACCUCUACUGCUACUAAUAUUGCUGAUGGGAAGGAAACAACACUGAUUGCCCAACAAAUUUCUUCGCAGUGUCAUCUCUCUCCAUUGAUCACGACGGCACAAGCUUUCGUUACAUCUAUCUGUCUCUAUCUAUCUACCUAUCUAUCUAUCUAUAUCUAUACUAUUAUAUGUGUAAAGAUUUGAGUUAGUGUUGACACAAAAUAUUUCAUAUUUUGGAUUUUUACAAAAUACUCUUAUAGUUAGUGUUUAUGUAAAAAUUAUAUUAAAAGGAGAAUAGGAAUUGAAACCGAAAUUAUGAAUUUAACAGAAAAUUCUUGAACA